CGGGCGGCCUCGGCGUCCGCUAGCUCAGCGUCGGCUGUAUCCGCUUUGGCUCGCAGCCGUUGUCCCGGCAACGCGCGGCGGCGCUGCGGCCCAGCCAAGAAGGUGGUUUAACGGAGACGUAAAGACCUUGCACCGCUGGAGAGACCUCUUCCACAUAAAAUUGCCUGUUAUUGGUCUGAAGGGGUACUGAUAAGUUGCUGAAUGUCUUGUAGGUUUCAGCCCUGACCAGGCCUGCGUUUCGUCAUGGCCCUCUACUUUGACCACCGCAUAAAAGCCCCGGAUGCAGUUGGGUCUCCCUCCCACAUCAAUUGGCACCCCGUUCACCCAUUCCUGGCAGUCGCUUCCAUUAGCACAGCCUCAGGAGGCAGUGUGGAUAUAUAUCAGGAGCAAGGUGAGUGUGUGCCAGACACGCAUAUCGAGAGGUCGUUCCGGGUCACCUCCCUCUGCUGGCACCCGACGCGGCUGAUCCUGGCUAUUGGCUGGGAGACUGGAGAAGUGGUCGUGUUUAAUAAGCAAGACAAGGAGCAGCAUGCGGUCCCCCCGACGCAAACCGCCGACAUCACCGUCCUCAACUGGAGCCCCAACGGGAACUGCCUGGUGUCGGGGGAUAGGCUUGGUGUCCUGCUCUUAUGGAAGUUGGACCAAAGGGGUCGAGUACAAGGGGCACCGCUGCUGAAACACGAGUAUGGAAAACACCUCACUCACUGCAUCUUCCGGCUGCCCCCUCCCAGCGAGGACCUCGUUCAGUUGGCGAAGGCAGCUGUGAGUGGUGAUGAGAAAGCCCUGGACAAGUUUAACUGGAGGAAGAGUGGCUUUGGAAGAUUCCUGAAAAUGGGACUUCAAGAGGGACUCUCAUUCUUUGUCAGCUUGACCGAUGGGACUGUGCACUACGUGGACGAGAAGGGCAGGACGGCCCGGGUGGCGUCCACGGACAGCUCCAUUCAGACGCUGUUCUACCUGGAGAAGAGGGAGGUGCUGGUGGCAGUCACCGAGAGCCUGCUGCUGUGUCUGUUCACAGUGAUGCCUGAGGGCGCGGCCGAGGAGGUGAUGAAGGUAAAGCUGAGUGGAAAUACGGGUCGCCGGGCAAAUGUCGCCCUGAUCAAUGGCAGCCUUCUUGUGACCGCCACUGGGGAGGCGGUCCUCAGAUUCUGGGAUUUAGAACGAGGAGAGAAUUACGUACUGAGUCCAGAGGAGAAGUUUGGUUUUGAAAAAGGAGAGAAUAUGAACUGUGUUUCUUACUGUAGAGUCAAAGGUCUUCUGGCAGCAGGUACCGAUAAAGGGCGCGUAGCCAUGUGGAGAAAAGUGCCAGGCCCCCAGAGCAGCCAAGGGGUGGAGGGCAAAGACAGGUGGACCCUUCAGAUCCCCACUGAGCUCGAAGGAAACAUCACGCAGAUAAAGUGGGGCUCCAGGAAGAGCCUCCUGGCGGUGAACAGCAUCAGCUCCGUGCUUAUCCUCCGCGAGCAGGCCAUGUCAUCCCACUUCCACCAGCAGGUGGCCGCGGUGCAGGUUUCCCCGAGCCUACUCAGCGUGUCCUUCCUGUCCACGGGGGUGACGCACAGCCUGCGUACAGACAUGUACAUCAGCGGAGUGUUCGCCACCAAGGAUGCUGUUGCCGUUUGGAAUGGAAAACAGGUGGUGAUCUUUGAGCCUUCUGGAGCCACAUUACGAAGUGCAGGUACCUUCCUGAGUGAGUCUCCAGUGUUAGCCAUGCACGAAGAAAACGUUUAUACAGUGGAGCCAAACCGAGUCCAAGUUCGAACCUGGCAGGGGACUGUGAAACAACUCCUGCCGUUUUCCGAGACAGAGGGGAACCCGUGCUUCUUUGACAUCUGUGGAAAUUUCCUGGUUGUAGGGACAGACUUGGCUCACUUUAAAAGUUUUGAUCUAUCCCGAAGAGAGGCGAAGGUACACUGCAGCUGCAAAAGCCUGGCAGGGCUGGUCCCCGGCGUGGGGGGCAUGGCCUCCCUCAGGUGCAAUGCCAGCGGCAGCAAGAUCAGCAUCCUCCUCAGCAAGGCUGACAGCAGCCCCGAUUCCAGAAUCUGCUUCUACGAUGUGGAAAUGGACACAGUGACCAUCCUCGACUUCAAGAGGGGACAGAUAGAUCAGAGAGAGACGUUGUGCUUUAAUGGACAGGAGACUAAGAAAAGCCAGGCCCUCGCGGAUGAGAGGCUGACGAAUCUCGUGCCUGUGAGCCACUUCUGGGAUCAGAGUGAGCCCAGGCUGUUUGUGUGUGAAGCCGUGCAGGAAGUGCCGGGCGCCCCACUGCAGCCAACGGACAAGAAGGCCCCGGGCAAGGCCAGCACGGGCCCCACGGCAGACGUGCUGGUCCUGUCCUUCUUCGUCUCUGAAGAGCACGGCUUCCUGUUGCAGGACAGCUUCCUCCGGCCUCCCGUCUUCCAGACGCUCCUGGGAAUCCAAGUGCCCCAUUAUUACUUCACGAGAAAGCCAGGAGAAGUGGACCUCGAGGACCAGGUGGACUCCGGGUCCCAGCGCAUCCCCCAGACAGUGGGCAGGAGGCCCCUGCGGGACUUCGUGGGGCUAGAAGACUGUGACAAGCCCACACGGGAUGCCAUGCUCAACUUCACCUUCUUCCUGGCUGUCGGGGACAUGGACGAAGCCUUCCGGUCCAUCAAGCUCAUCAAGAGCGAGGCUGUCUGGGAGAACAUGGCGCGCAUGUGCGUGAAGACCCAGCGGCUGGAUGUCGCCAAGGUGUGCCUGGGGCACAUGGGCCACGCGCGCGGAGCCCGAGCGCUGCGGGAGGCUGAGCAGGAGCCAGAGCCAGAGGCCAGGGUGGCCGUGUUGGCCAUACAGCUGGGCAUGCUGGAGGACGCGGAGCAUCUGUACAAGAAAUGCGGGCGCUACGACCUCCUCAAUAGGCUCCUGCAGGCCUCGGGCCAGUGGCAGAGAGCCAUUGAGGUGGCUGAGCGACACGACCGCGUGCACCUGCGCACCACCUACUACAACUACGCCCGGCACCUGGAGGCCAGCGGGGACUGCAGCCUGGCCCUCAGCUACUACGAGAAAUCAGACACGCACCGCUUCGAGGUGCCGCGGAUGCUGGCGGAGGACCUACAGGCCCUGGAGCUAUACAUCAACAAGAUGAAGGACAAGACCCUGUGGAGGUGGUGGGCCCAGUACCUGGAGAGCCAGGCCGAGAUGGAUGCCGCGCUUCGCUACUACGAGCUGGCGCACGACUACUUCUCCCUGGUCCGCGUUUACUGCUUCCAGGGCAACAUCCAGAAGGCCGCAGAGAUAGCCAGCGAGACCGGGAACUGGGCGGCCUCCUACCACCUGGCCCGCCAGUACGAGAGCCAGGACGAGGUGCGGCAGGCUGUGCACUUCUACACGCGCGCCCAGGCCUUCAACAAUGCCAUCCGCCUCUGUAAGGAGCACGGCCUGGAUGACCAGCUUAUGAACUUGGCCCUGCUGAGCUCCCCCAAGGACAUGAUUGAGGCUGCACGCUACUACGAGGAGAAGGGCGAGCAGAUGGACCAGGCGGUCAUGCUGUACCACAAGGCCGGCCACUUCUCCAAGGCCCUGGAGCUGGCCUUCGCCACACAGCAGUUUGCGGCCCUGCAGCUCGUGGCAGAGGACCUGGACGAGAAGUCAGACCCUGCCCUCCUGGCCCGCUGCUCCGACUUCUUCCUGGAGCACAGUCAGUACGAGAAGGCGGUGGAGCUGCUGCUGGCCGCCAAGAAGGCCGUCCAUGCUGCAGCACGUGUUGGAAGGUCCCUGCUGUUUGAGACUGAACCGUAUUCCUCUGCACAGACAGACCACACCUGGCUUGUCCAGCAUCCACAGUAUCAUGAAGCCCUGCAGCUCUGCCUGGAGCAGAACUUGACCAUCACUGAGGAGAUGGCCGAAAAGAUGACGGUGUCCAAGGACUGCAAGGAGCUCUCUGAAGAGUCCCGGCGUGAGCUGCUGGAGCAGAUUGCCAGCUGCUGCAUGCGCCAGGGCAACUACCACCUGGCCACCAAGAAGUACACGCAGGCAGGGGACAGGCUGAAGGCCAUGAGAGCACUGCUCAAGUCUGGGGACACUGAGAAAAUUGUGUUCUUUGCGGGCGUCUCGAGGCAAAAGGAGAUCUACAUCAUGGCAGCCAACUACCUGCAGUCCCUGGACUGGCGGAAGGACCCGGAGAUCAUGAAGAGCAUCAUCAGCUUCUACACCAAGGGCCGCGCCCUGGACCUCCUGGCGGGCUUCUACGAUGCCUGCGCCCAGGUAGAGAUUGACGAGUACCAGAACUACGACAAGGCCCACGGGGCGCUGACUGAGGCCUACAAGUGUCUGUCCAAGGCCAAGGCCAGGAGCCCACUGGACCAGGAGGCCAGGCUGGUGCAGCUGCAGAGCAAAAUGGCACUGGUGAAGCGCUUCAUGCAGGCCCGCAGGACAUACACCGAGGACCCCAAGGAGUCGGUCAGGCAGUGCAAGCUGCUCCUGGAGGAGCCGGACCUGGACAGCACCGUCCGCGUCGGGGACGUAUACGGCUUCCUGGUAGAGCGCCACGUGCAGAUGGAGGACCUGCAGACGGCCUACAAGUACCUGGAGGAGAUGCGGAAGAGAGUGCCCUCCGCCAGCCUGUCAUACUACGUGAGCCAGCACACUGUGGACACCGUGCACCAGGGCCUGGGCAUCCCUCUGACGCGCACCAUGGCGGAGCAGAUGCGCCACAACAGCGUGGAGGAUCACAAGGAGAUGGACGAGGAGGUGAUGGAGGAGGUGGAGAAUGGCCCCUGAG